AUUCGGCGUAUCCUCCUUGCGAGAUGUAGAACCUGAUUGCUGCGAUAACCUUUUGGCGAAACUCCAAAAAGAGGAGGUUUUUACAGGAUUACUGCUUGAUGGCGGUCUGAUUAUCACAACCCGUUCCGCUGUGCCGUCAAAAGAGGCAGCAGCAGGCUUACAUUUGUUGGCGUUCUCGGCUCCCGUUAUACGCAAGAACAAGAAAGGAUCUCACGCUACGGCUCAACUAAUCUGCGCUCCCAAACCUCUAUCACCAGAUAGGGCCUUUGGAACAAAUGAGGCGCUCGGUGUUACAAUCGUUGCAUGCGAGCAGCUGUCCUGCGGAGAGGAACAUGCCUCAGUCGCGUGCAAUGUCUCGGCAUUGUCUCGAAGCCUUGGAAUUGGCUCGAAUGCUUUUCUGCUCGUCUAUUACUUCGCUGCUCUACGUCUUCCACAAGGAAGCUCAUCAAAGAUAUCUGCUGAGAGCAUUCCAUUCACUGCUCUUUCAUGGAAGCUGCAAAAGGGUCGCGUACUGGAACUCCACGAUUCAAAAGUGGCCUCACAUUCAGUGGAAACAAGCAAAAUCAGGAUUCAAAUUCCUAGCUCUCGCUCUUUCCUGUCAAGCAAAAACAGCAAGUCAGGUGGCCAGCGUGGCUUCACAGUUCCAAGCUGUGUGGUGUUCAACAACGAUGGUGAAGUUGCCUCCAUAGUGCACCAUGACACAAUAAGCAAGGCUCAAGUUCAGGCAACGCCAGUGAGUGCGGCUCUUGAGUGGAUUUCAAGUAUGUACGACAUGACCAGUACCACCAUAAGGCUUCCUCCCAUCGGCUCUCCCAGAGAGAGCAGCACCAGUGAGCAAAUCCUGGCAGAAGCAGCAGUAGAGGAGCGGCUGACAGAACCAGUACCAGGAAAUAGUUAUGACGCCUCCCCAGAAGCAGCAUCUGAAUCUGUGCCUGGUAACUUGGACACGGCCACGGAGCAAAGGGGUGAAGAUUCACUGGAGAAGGGUGAUACAUCAGCGCCUGAUGCUGUGGAUGCUUGUUCACCGACCGAUCAAGUUAACGAGACCAAUGUCACUGCAAACUUUGACACUGGGGUGGGUGCUGCUAAUUCCACAGCUGAUAAUGAGGAAUGUCAUGCCGUGGAAGUGCUCCCUAUUAACCAGAUGGCAGCGGACGUUGUGGAGAGUGCGCAUGUUGACACCAUUGCUCCCAUGCAAUCCGCUGAGAAGCAGAAGCUGAGUCACGAAGAGCUCAAAGCACGCAUAAUGGGUUAUGGCAACAUGAGCGGUAUGAUGAAGAGACAGGGUGCUCGAGCAGACGUUUCUAGGCAUGUGGAAUUAGCUAGUAUAGCAGCUGGAGUGCAGAGAUUGUCAGGUGGACCGAGAAAGCCCACCUCCAGCAGAUCCUCUGCAGAAGGGAGAGGCUCUGAAGGUGGCUUGAUUGGGGAGGCAGGCAGCAUCUCACGCAAGCCAGCACUCUGGCGAUUUGGAUCGACUGGCCAGCAGGCAGCUGCAGGCACAACGGCAUCAGAUGCAGCAGGCAACGAGGGAGUCUCUCACAAGACUGCAUUGAACAACAUGCCAUCCCUGCAAAUGAUCGUGGCUGCUCCUGUAGCAGCAUUUGUGGAACUGGGGACGAAAAUGAGUGGUGCAAUGGUAGAUCUUGGAAGUGCACUUCGGAAACACCAAGAGCAUGGAGCUCAGGUGGCUGAGAUGAGUGAAUUGGACAAGAAGAAGCUCCAGGAACAAGAGGUGCGCAGACAAGAUGCAUACAAAAACGCUUCUGCAUCCCUCUUCAAAACGAGUCACCUUCAAGAGCGGCUAUCUACCCCAAACCUGCAGGUCCCCCCACCUGAUAUGGAGAAUCCUGAGAACGUUUUACACCUGGAUCAUGCUGCUGACGUUGAGGUCGGUGAUGCGAAGGGUUUGGAGUCACAAGCGAGUGCAGGGGCUGGUCGCAGCGUGAUGUUUGGAGUAAAAGAAGGUGAUGAGAAGGAUGGAGAUGAUUUCAGCAAAGGGAAGGAGGCCACUGAGGCUAGUGGCGAUGGGGUCAGUGAAGGGAGAAGUCCCUGUGAGCUGGAUGAAGGCCAAGGCAUAGGCAUGGGAGGAAGUGCCUAUGCGUAUGAUCAUUCAACAGCCUUGAGCGGAAGCCUCAGUAUAGACUUGUCCAAAGAGAUGAAGGGCGAGCAUUCGUCAGAGAUUGUUGUUGGUGCGAGGUCCAGUGACGGGUCAAGCAAGUCAAGUGAGCAGUCCAACCACAGGCACUCCAGAGACAGCACCGGCAGCAGCAGCUCAACCGACCAUGUCAAAGACAAAUGGCCUCUUACGACCCAAACGAGCACUGGUAGCACCUCCACUGGCACACGGCGUCCACGGGUCUUAUUGGAUGACCACUGGUGGAAGACGAAGCUGGUUGGUGAGGAGCCAGGGCGCCGUUUGGUGGCUGCUCAGCUAGCCAGGGAGGCAAUGCUGAUGCGAGGGGGGUCGGGUAAUGUCUCACGGCUGGAGGGACGCGUUGGGGGAUUGGAGGCGCCCACUCCUCUUGCUUCACGUUCCAAUUCUGGAGUCCCACUGACCAUAAGGAAGGGAGCCAUCACGAUAGCUCUGCAUGAGGAAAGAACGGAUGUGGCUCAGGGCUCAAAUGCUGACAGUUCCGAGCCUGAGGGGGAAAGAGAAGACAAGUCUGAUGGAGCUGAUGGUGCCUUGUCAAGGCUCGCUGACAAACGUACAACUGAACCACCUGGGGUUGCUGCUGAUGGGACAAGCACAUGCACGAGCAAGCCGUUACAGCAAGGUGGUGUUGAUGAAGGAAUUGCGUUGCAGUGGGCACAGGGAAACCAUUCAGUGGGCAAAGGAUCCGCUGCAACAACGCUGGGUAAGGGUGAAAUCACGUUGCUCAGCUCUGCUACUCAGGCUGAAGUGGAGGCACAUCAGCAGCCAUGCCAGACUGCGGCUGACAAUCAUGACCCCUGGGUGAGCAAGGCGGAGCACAAAACCCCAGUGAAGGCAGUCCCUCCUCCAGUGGACAAGCGUCUGCAGUCAGGCUUUGACGGGCUGAUGCAGGCAAUUGAGUCGCUGGCCACCAUGAGUGUUUCUCGCUCUCCUGGAGCCAAGCCAUGGGCCUCAAGCAACCGAGAAACAGACAAGGGAGCAACCAGUCAGAGCACACAGCCCUCUAGCCCCAUGCUGACAUAUGAUGGAGCAGUGACCAGCCUGGGGAAACGCCAAACUGAGCCAAGGCAAGCUGUGGCCGGGGUCACAAGACAAGCAGCUAUCUUUUCAGCCACUUCUUCUUCCAGCAGCACUCAAAUCUCUUCAACUGGUCACAGGCUCCCUGCAGCAUCACCGGAGCACACUGAAGAGUUUGCUCACAGGGCAGGGGUGCUGAGCCUGCAGCAGCAGGCAGCGUGGCUGUGGGGCAGUGCACAGCACAUGGCUGCACGGGGCACAAGGCCCAGCUCUGCAUCUAGCGAUGGGGACUCCCAGGCCAGGGGUAGCGGUGUGGAGCACGACAGGACGAGUGGGAGGGCGAGUGAUAGGGUGAGUGGGCUGUCAGGUAUACCAAGUGCCAGAAGCAGCUCGAAUAUGAGGAGCAGUGCUGGAGGAGUGGGGGCUGGGAAGAGCCCAGCACCUGUUGCUGACUUGAUGACAGGAAAGCAGGCCUAUGAGUAUUUGAAGGAGCAUCAGAAGGAAUGUGCACAUAUGGGACCGCGCACUCUUCGUUGA